AUUCUACGGUUCGCCCCCACACGCGCCGCCCGCUGCGCCCGCCCGGGUUUGGCCCGCGCCGCCCGCCGUACGCCGCCUGCCCCCCGCGCAUGCGGAGUAGCGGCGCCGCAGCGGGAGCGCGGCCGGCGGCGCAGAAGGACCUUGGUGGGAGCUGAGGAAAUCCAGUCAUAAUGUCGGCUGCACUGUUGCCAAAGCCACAAAUGCGGCGCCUUUUGGCCAGGCGGAUGAAGUUUCACCUCCUUGGGGCAUUUUUGGUAUCUAUGACAUCUGCAGCUUUGUACAAGUUUGGAGUUGCUGAACCCAGAAAACGAGCUUAUGCAGAGUUCUAUAAAAAGUAUGAUCCCAUGAAGGACUUUGAAACCAUGAAGGCAGCUGGUGUGUUUGAGUGUGCACCACCCAAGUGAUGAUUCCCUUCAGUUCAAGGAGACUUGAUGACCGAACCUUAUUUGUUCACUGAAAUGUAAAGUGCAACGCACUUCAGCGCAUGGCACAGUUUAAUGCAACUCAAUAAAUAAAAUACAUAUGUCAGUGA